CUCUUUGAUGCUUCACAAAGUUUUCUUCAGUCUGAUCUCAUUUGCUAGGAAUGUCAUUCCACUGUUUAUGCUUGGUAAAAAGAAAAUUGUCUAUGCUCAGUUCUCUGUUUUUUUUUAGUAUAUGGUAUAGAACCUGCAUAUUGUUUUCACAAAAUGGAACACGUAAAUCAAUAGUACUAGCUAGUUUUGCUUCUUUGGACGAAGUUGACAUAACAAAAGGUUUUGUCUAUUUAGCAUUUUUGCUGUUGCAAUUUUGAAUAUGGUAUACCGUGAUCUACUUGGUUCAAAGCUUGCAUUGCUAUUAUGUACUCAUUUCUAAAUAAGAUUUUGGGGCUAAAACUAAUUAGCAGUCUGGUUCUCUUUUCCUGAACCAAGAUUCACAAUCAUAUUCUUGUUAACAUAAUUUAUGAAAGUUUGGAGUCCCUGUAACAUUGAAUGUAAUUGACGGCUCAUGUCCAUAGAAAGUUGACUUGAACAUUAAGUGAACUGCAUGAGUCUAAUUUGAGAAUAUGCUGGUUAUGUUUGAAGCUUAAUUAACUGGAAGUGCGCUCCAAAUAAUUUGUCUUUUGUUGUUAGGGAUCACAUUCACCAUAUUGUGUUAUGCCUGUAGAUGUAAAUUUGUUGCAGUUGUCUUUGUGAUAUCCAAAGCUUUCAUUCUAUUUCUGAUUAGAUUUACUUCUCUAGUAGUGUUCUAUAUAAUUUCAUACGUUCAAAAAACUAACAGUGUUUUUGUCUCUUCUAUGAGAUGCACUACCUUGCAUCAUUUCACAUCCCUACAGGUUUAGUGUUAUCUGAUUUUUCGGGAUGGAUGCCAAGAAGUUCCUGCAGCUGGUCGAAGAGAAGGAAAAGAGGAUCCUCGAGAAGAAAGAAGCACCACUGAAAUGGGAGCAGAAACUGGAAGCAGCAGCUAAAGCAAAGGCAGAUGCAGAAGCCAAGGCGAAGAAAGUUAAGUCAAGAAAGCACAGGAAGAGAGGGGAUUCUUCCUCAGACUCCGAUAGUGACUCUGACAGUGAUGUUGAUCGGAAACACAGGAAGAGGAAGGAACACAAAAGGAACAGGAAACAUGGUCAUUCAGACUCUGACGAUGCCAGGAGACGCAAGCGGAGGUCGAAUAGGAGGAGCUCAGACUCAAGUGAUGAGGGCAACAGUGAAUGUGAGAGUGGGUCUGAAGAUGAACGUAGAAGGAAGAAGCACUCACACAGAAGAAGACACCAUAGACAUUCAUCAAGGUCAGAUUCUGAAGACUAUAGCAGUGAUGAGGAAGAGUGGAGAUCGACCAAGAAGGACCACUCUAGGAGCCGGAGACGCCGUCAUCGAUCAUCAGAUGAUGACUCUGACUCCGAGGGCAAGGUCAGGUCGAGACACAGGAAGCGUCAGAGAUCUAGUGACGAAGACGCACCAUCAGAUUCCAAUAACCAUAAGCAUCACAAGAGCCGCUCCUUGGAGGAGUCUUCUGAUGAAAGAGCUGCGGAUGAAUCAGAGAAGAUGAGAAAUGGCAAAAGGUCUCACAAGAAUAGCCACCACCAUCACUGUCACCAUCGGCACCACCAUCAUGAACGCAGUAGUAGUUCUGCAGAACCUAACGACGACCAGAAAGCCCUUGAAGGUGACAGCGCAGACUGAAGUGCCUCCAGAGGGGAAGGUUUAAUUCUCAUUCGUGAUGUUGCCUCUCUGGUUAACUGCGUGGAAUCUGAACUUUGUUGUACUGAUAACAUUUGUCUGAUUUGGUGAUUAAACCUUAGAAGAUACUUUAAUCAUUUAAUUUUACGAGCUGUGCUGGCUUUGAUAAUUUGGUGAUACUAGAAGUUAAUAAUGAAUGCACGGUUAUCAUUUA